GCUCCUGCAUGAGCCGAGUUUCCGCUCUAUCUGUGCAAACUCGCGCCACGUCUCGACACCUCAGCUGUUGAUAUAUAUGCGAGCCUCACUCGGGGCCUCAGCGUUCCUACACCCGCAGCGAACGAGCCGUACUCCAUAGGUCCGAAUGGCUAGCUACGGAGCAUACCAGCACAAGCCCGUCUGCCAGUGGGUAACGUGCUACGGCUGUCACAUACCAUCUAACGCGGUGCCUGGCGGUAAAGACGGCGCAGAAACCGUCUUCGUAGGACGCGCGGUGCACGACGAUGACGUCAUCCCGGGCAAGGUCCUACCUUCACACAGCUGCUGCUACGUCUCAUACGCCGGCGUCGAGCACAGUCACAGGGAAUAUCAGGUACUCGUCUCCACCGGCACCCCGAUGACGUGGGUACCAGAUUCCGACGGCUCCGUGCCAACCGGAGCCAUCCAGGGGGGUACUUGCGGCAAUGGAGAACCGCUGUACAUCGGCCGCGCCUACCACAACGGCACACUGACCAUCGGCAAGGUGCACCCAUCGCACAAAUGCCUGUACAUCCCGUAUGGUGGUGACGAGCACCGCUACACCGAAUACGAAGUGCUGGUUUGCAAGACGAUCAACUUCUGAAAAGCCGUUACACCCCUCCUAUACAGAGUUUCGGAGUGGCCACUCCGGAGUUUAAUUGCUUCCAGAAUCAGAUGGAUGGGAAAGGAAUGAAAACCCGAGGUUCCGGAAUGGAGUAUGAAUGAAGUGGGCACAUAGCCCUGGAACGCUAAAUGUUGAGAGUUAGAGCGAGACAACCAAACCGGCAAACUUGUCAUUUAGAAUAAAAUAGACUUGGCCAAUA